AGACGAUAGAAGCUGGAAGGUCGGUCUUAACUGUUGUUCCACACAAGUGGAUAAAAAACAAACUUUUAUUUUGGCCACCAAAAAACGUGAAAAAUCUGAUAAAGGAUGUCAAUUCUACUCCAGACAUUACGUGGAAUAAAAUAAUAUGUCGCAUCAAAAGAAAUUAUUAUAAAAAUCGCAUUGCAGCUGAAACUGAACUUUUAGAAAUGUCGGGAGGUUCGGCAACGUCUUCAACUGAUUCCGAGGUUUUAGGAGAAAUGAAAGAAAAAAAUAAAGUAAGAAACACAAAAAAGGUCACUAGUCAACAAAAUUUUGAAACUUUGUUUGCAUCAUCAUCGUCAAAAUUUUGUUCGUUUCAACCAAUCAUACCGGAAGAAACUCCUGAGCCUGUUGUUGAAAGCGAAAAUAUAAUUUUGGAAACCAAUUUUUCGGAUGAGGCAAUUAUUUCUCCUGAAGCAAUUGCAAAUGCGCAGUUUUUAAAUGUCAUCGAACAGCCUUUGAUUGGAGAAGAAAGUAAAAACGACAUUAUUAACAAGUUGAAUGACAUUCAGCAAAAAUUUAAUCAGUUUAAAAAUGAUAUAACAGAGUGCGUAAAAGAUAUGUUGGUGAAGGCAGUUGCGGCAAUUAAAUCAGAUUUUGAUGCCAAAUUAUUGUCAGCAAUGCAGAAUUUUAAAAACAAUCAUCAGGAUGAUGACAAUAUUCAAUUUGAAUUUCAUGCCGUUUCAACCUCACAGGAGUUAAGUCAAUUAGAGGAAAAUCUCAAAGAUCCAAAUUAUGAAAAGAAAGUGGAAGUUAUAUUAUUUCAGUUUUCAUUUAAUCCUUUAAAUUUAAUGUUGAUAUUGUUUUCUAGAGAAAUUAUUUUAAAAAAAUUAUUGGUAAUAUUCCUGAUACUAGUAAUGGUUUGGAUACCUGCUAUAUAGUAUUGUAGAUUAUUUUUUUGAGAAAAAAAUUAUGGUGCAGUGUUCGUGGACGGGAGGAAGUAGAAGCAACACUGAAAAAUGUUGUAUUAAAAAUUGCAAAAAUAUUUUAGAAGUGUUUUUUACAAUAGUCCAAAGUUCCAAUAAAGAUUUUUCGAAGGCAUUGUUGAAAAAAUUUAUAAUUGGAAUUACAAGAAAUGCAAAGAAGCGUAGUUUAACUGGAGGCAUCCGCCAAUCUUCAAUACAGAGAAGAAAAAAAUCAAUGGUUAAAAAGCAACGUGUAAGUGGAAACAGAAAAGG